AUGUUCAGCAUAAAGGCAGGUGGUUUCUGCGGGUCUGACAGUGCACGCGCAGUGAACGUCGUGGAGGCCCUUCAGGAGUUCUGGCAGAUGAAGCAGUCGCGUGGCGCCGAUCUGAAAAACGGAGCUCUCGUGGUGUACGAGAUGGUCCCUUCCAACAGCCCCCCCUACGUCUGCUACGUCACCUUGCCGGGAGGGAGCUUGAACGUCGUGGAGGCCCUUCAGGAGUUCUGGCAGAUGAAGCAGUCGCGUGGCGCCGAUCUGAAAAACGGAGCUCUCGUGGUGUACGAGAUGGUCCCUUCCAACAGCCCCCCCUACGUCUGCUACGUCACCUUGCCGGGAGGGAGCUGCUUUGGCAGUUUCCAGUUCUGUCCGACCAAGGCCGAAGCCCGAAGGAGCGCGGCGAAGAUUGCGCUCAUGAACUCGGUCUUUAAUGAGCAUCCCUCCCGGAGGAUCACAGAUGAGUUCAUUGAGAAGAGUGUUUCGGAGGCCCUGGCAUCUUUCAACGGCAAUCGAGAGGAAGCCGAUAAUCCCAACACCGGGAUCGGUGCUUUCCGCUUCAUGCUGGAAUCCAACAAGGGAAAAUCAAUGCUGGAGUUCCAGGAGCUGAUGACCGUCUUCCAGCUGUUGCAUUGGAACGGCAGCCUCAAAGCCAUGCGGGAGAGGCAGUGCUCACGGCAGGAGGUCCUGGCUCACUACUCCCACCGCGCCCUGGAUGAUGACAUAAGGAACCAGAUGGCCAUGGACUGGGUGAACAGGGAGCAGAACAGCCCAGGGGCCCUUUCCAGAGAGCUGGCUUCGACGGAGAGAGAGCUGGACGAAGCCCGCCUGGCUGGGAAGGAGCUGCGCUUCCAUAAGGAGAAGAAAGACAUCCUGAUGCUGGCAGCUGGCCAGCUGGGGAGCGUGCACUCCUCCAACUGCUAGUCCCUGGCCUGCACGCCGUUCCACUCCCCCAGGCCUACUAACACCUCCGCGCUGACGGGAUCCGUCCCGCGUCACGUAAAGCAUGUAACGCCUCUCCCAGAAUUGUGGCCCGUUUGCACAUUUUAACACAUUUUAAAGAAAUUUUUUUUUUUUUUUUU